AUGAGGACGGCAGGCGGUACCGAUGCUGACAGCUGGGAAGCCAUGGAAUGGACCAAUUCCUCUCAUCAAGAGGUUGCUAUGCUUCUCCUUGACUUCGAAAAAGCCUACGACAGAAUUGAGUGGGACUUCAUCUUGAUGAUGCUAAAAGCCUUUGGAUUCCCUGAUAUCUUUUGCAAGUAUAUUCAAAUUCUUUUAAAAGAUGCUUCUGCCAUGAUUGAUGUCAAUGGAUCCCUAACCAAUCCCAUUCCUUUGUCUCGGUCUAUUCGUCAGGGUUGCCCUCUUGCUCCUGCUCUUUUUGUCAUUGCUUCCGAUGCUCUUCAUUAUAUCCUUAAAGAUGACACCAUCUCCCCUAAGGUGUGUGGUAUUACUCUUCCUAAUGACUCCGAGCUCCUCAAUAUUCAAUUUGUCGAUGACACUUCUCUCUUUCUUGAGCUCAGUUUUGACAACCUAAUCUGCCUUUGUAAUAAACUUGAUAUGUUUGGUAAGGCUUCUGGAGCUCGUAUUUCCAGCUCCAAAUCCAUUAUGCUGGGAUGGAGUGAUCAUCCUCCGGACUGGCUUUGCCAAUUCGGUUAUUCCUGGGGAGGACCUAACCAGAUUGUUAGGUAUCUUGGUAUCCCCUUUUCUGUCAAGCCUUCCCUCAAAGAUAUGUGGUUAUGGAUAAAAGACAAGAUUUUCAGAAAACUUAAUAAAUGGAAUCAUAGACUCUUAUCCCUUGUUGGAAGAGUCCAGAAAGCCAUCAGGCACUUUCUUUGGUCAGAUGGCAACGGUUCUAGGAAAGCCCAUUCUGUUAAAUGGGACUGGUGCCAUCUAGAGAAAAGUCUUGGAGGGCUUGGUCUUAAAGAUCUCAAACUUCAAGGAAUGGCUCUUGCUUCUAAAUGGAUCCUUCAAUCCCUUGUUGGUGACGAGCCCUGGAAAGUUCUUGUCAGAAAUGACAUUCAGAAUGGAGUGCCUAAAACUGCUAAAUCUUGGAAACAUCUCCCCUUCAGUGAUUUGGUUUUUGGCAAUUUCCCCAUAUCUGUGAAGGGAACUUGGGUUUUCCAUUCCUUAUGGAAAGCAUGGGAGAACAUUCGACACUAUAUUGAUAACUCAGCCUUUGAUUAUCAUUAUACUCUUCAAGGUGAGCGAUCAAUAUGGUGGAAUCUUCUCCAUCAAGGUAGACCCCUUGCUUUGACUAAAGGCUGUUCGGCUAAAUUUUGGGCCAACAAGGGUGUUAAGUAUAUCAUGGAUAUCCUUGAUCACAAUCAGCUCAUCAGUUGGGAAGACCUUGCUAAUCAAUUUGAUAUCCCUGCUUCUCAUAAGCGAACGUAUAACCUCAUCAAAAUGGCUUGUUCUCACCUUAAUCUCCCUCGUAAUACUGAUGUGGAUUCUCACCGAUUUCUCUCUUUUAGGCGGCAGGAUGGUACUCACCUCUCUUCUAUCAAAGCUAAAGAUAUAUACCGAUUUCUUAACCAUGAUACCUCUGUUUCUCAACAUCUUAAUGUCAUUUGGUACUCUUCCUUUUCCUCCUCUGAUUGGCAUAAAAUGUUUGAUAAGCUCUGGAAAGCUCCUAUUCCUCCUAAAAUUCAAUGCUUUAAAUGGCUGCUCCUGCUGGACAGGCUGCCCAUUAGAAACCAGCAUGCCACCCUUGAUAUUUGUUCUAUCUGUAGAGUUCCUGAAACUAUGAGACAUAUAUUUUUCGAUUGUUCCUUUGCCCAUGAAGGUUGGCUCAUGUUUGGUAUUUGCAUCACUCGCUAUGUCUGCUGCGUGCUCAACCUAGAAAAAAGGAAGUUGCUCAGAUUUUUGCGUGAUGGUCGGGCUACAAUGUUUAUAUAUGAGAUGCAGAAUGGUUAUGAGUUAGCUAGUGUGCUGGACAACCAGAUGGCGUUUGAUGAAGCCCUUGCCAAGCUCAUGCAGGAGAUCCAAAACAGCAAAAACCCCUCUGUUGAUAACCUUCAGGUCUUUCAUCAACUGCUGGAACAGAAAAAGGCUAUCUGGAUGGAGGGACCCAUUGGUUGGACAUCCUGGGUCAACAAAUUUGAAGAUGUUUACCCAUAG